AUGUCUAGCAUAUGCCCAGCAGUGAAUUGGGGCAACAAGCCGAAGCCGGAUAUUAUCGCAUGUAAGGCGAUAAUCAGAAGCAUGUUCUCCAAGAAGUACAAAGAAUUGGCCUGGAUAUUCUACGAGCCCAUUGAUGCCGAAUUUCUGGGCCUGUACGACUACCAUAACGUUGUGAAGUGCCCGAUGGAUCUGUCGACCGUCAGAUACCGCCUCAAUUCGAAUUUUUACUCAAGCGCCUUCGAUUUCGCUUGUGAUGUGCGCCUCAUAUUCUACAAUGCCUAUCUAUACACAAGUCCCGGCCACUUGUGCUACGAUAUGGCCAGGAAGUUGCAGGUCAUAUUUGAGGAUAUGUUUUCCAAGGUGCCGAAGACCUGUACACCCAACGAAAGUAGAAAGUGUUACGAAUGCGAACGCGUCAAAUUAAUGCAAAGCCUAGAGCAAAGUGAUGAGCAAAGUGAAGACCAAAGCGAAGACCAAAGCGAAGACCAAAGCGAAGAGCAAAGCGAAGACCAAAGCGAAGAGCAAAGCGAAGAGCAAAGCGAAGAGCAAAGCGAAGAGCAAAACGAAGAGCAAAGCGAAGAGCAAAGCGAAGAGCAAAGCGAAGAGCAAAGCGAAGAGCAAAGCGAAGACCAAAGCGAAGACAAAAGCAAAGAGCAAAGCGAAGACAUCACUAUGUCAUCUCAUUCCAAAAACAACACCGCAGUCCUUGCCGAGUACAAUAACCAAAUGCGCCAGGCACAGUCUAUCCCUCUGCGGAAGCAGGAGUCCGCGCCGCGGACGGCCUCCGAAGAGGACUUGGAAUUGCAUGCCAGAGUGCAGCAAUUGGAGGGCAUCAUGCUGUUGAACGUCAUACACAUGGUCCACCAGAUGGAGGGCAUUACUUUCGGGAAUGGCUACAAGGUUAUCGAGUUCGACGUGUGCGAGCUGAAGCCCAGCACAAAGCGCUCCAUCAUGGCCUACAUGGCCAGCAGAGGCGUCACCGGCAAGCGCAUACCGCGCGUGAAGAGAAACUAUUGAUUUUAUUUAGCACAAACUUUUAUUGCUUAACUAU